AUGCCUCGUUCCAAGCGUGCCAGGAUCGUCCACGAGUCCAAGACCGCCAAAAAGUCCCACAAGGAACAGACCAGACGCCUGUACGCCAACAUCCGCGAAUGCGUCGAGAAAUAUGACCACCUCUUCGUCUUCUCCGUCGACAACAUGCGAAACACAUACCUGAAGGACGUGCGUACAGAGUUUGCUGACAGCCGCCUCUUCUUCGGCAAGACAAAGGUCAUGGCCGUCGCCCUCGGCCACAACCCCGAAACUGAAGCCGCUGACAACCUCCACCUCCUCACUCCCUACCUCACCGGCGCCGUCGGUCUCCUCUUCACCUCCCGGGACGCCGCCUCUGUCAUUGACUACUUCGAAGCCUUCCGCCCCCUCGACUUUGCCCGCGCCGGAACGCAAGCUACCCGCUCUUUCGCCAUCCCCGCAGGUCUGGUCUACUCCCGUGCUGGUGAAGUUCCCGCUUCAGAAGACGAGCCCGUCAGCCAUACGAUUGAGCCGGAGCUGCGCAAGCUGGGUGUUCCCACCCGCCUCGUCAAGGGAAAGGUCAUGCUCGAGUUGACUGAUGGGCAGGAGGGAUACCCUGUAUGCAAGGAGGGUGAGGUUCUGGAUUCGAGACAAACGACGCUGCUGAAGAUGUUUGGUGUUCAGACGUCGGAGUUCAAGGUUGGGUUGAAGGCUCACUGGACACGGGAGACCGGCAAAGUCGAUAUUCUGGAGAAGGAUGAGAAUGCGAUGCAGGAGUAA